AUGUCUUCUAACCUCUCCGCCCCCAACUUCGAGAUGCAGCGGCCCAAGAGCAGCCGCGCCGGCUCCGACGCGAGCUCCAUCUCCACUGACUCCUUCACCACCAGAAGGGCAGUCUCCCAGGACUCUCCGCGUCCGGCGAAGAGAAAGUCCUCCCACUCCCAGACGGUCAACGUCUACACCCACUGCGGGCGUCACAGCUCCCAGUUCCUCUUUGGCGGUCGCUCAUUCACCGACAUGGCGCGCUCCAUCUUCAAGCGCGACUAA